UCUUCAUAAUCUGCGAGGGAUUUUCAAUCAAGCGAUGCCUGUCAAUUCGCAACUUAGUGAUUUACAAACCGUUUUCAUUGUGUACAAGUCUUCAAUGAGGAGCGUUACACUUAAACCAUUGGAUGGUGAUGUUGAGGUGACCACGCCCACGAGCAAGUUCUCCACGCCCCUAGGUUCUACUUCACCGGGUUAACUGGUGAACCUUUGCUGAGUUGAGCUGGUGGUCUCGGCGUAACAAGAGAUUGUUAACGCGCGUGAUAAGCGCCCUCUAGCGUGCGCGACUCGGUUGGCAUAAAACCCUGAACGGCGACGUGUUCAAGUCAGUUUUAUCAUAAGUUCGUCAGUGAUAAGACUCAGAAUAGUUCUAGUCGUCAUGAGUCUGUGCCUUCGAGUUCUCACUCUCAUGGGCGUCUCGCUAGCUGUUGUAGACUUAGUAACGUUGUCCAACGCGAAAACCGUGAUACAAUUAAAUAGUAGAGUCAAUCCCUUAAACAAUGAAUACGUUCUUCCAGGAGAUGGGGUAUCCAGUCGGUACAGUUAUGACCGACCAAUUUUGGACAGUGGUCACAGUUUUGGGCAAAACCAAACUCCCCACAAUAAACACCGACACGAUCACGAAAGUCGCCUGCAGCAGCAUCCAAGCGCAGAUCAGAGUAGAAAUCCAAGACCGCAUCGGAACCAUGGAGGAGCUGGAAAACAGAACCUGCAGAACACCCAACCAGCAGUUCCUCCGAACGCACCCAAAACCGAGACGGUUUCCGCGGCUGCCUCGCCUGAUAUUCCGAUAUACGAUCAAGAAUUUGAAGAAAGGAAACUGUUUCGAAUCAAGCAAAUUCAGAUCCAUAUUUUGCAGCAGCUACAUCUGGAUUCGGCGCCCAACGUCACUGGCAUUAUUGAGAGCUCAAACCCUGAAAUCAAGAGACUAAAAGAAAGCAUCGAUGAGAGCAACGAAAAUAUGACUCGGGACACCAGCUAUCAACGAGACAUGCCGAGAGAGUUCAGCGAUAAGAAGAUCUUCAUUCCCGUCGAAGAUCGUUAUCCGUUCGACUUCCAGCACUCGAACACGAGUGACAUAAUGUAUUUCAAGAUGAGUCACGGUGAGAUUAGCCAAGCCUUCAUCCACUUGUGGAUCAAGCCUGUGAGAUCAGCUCCAGGCUCCAAGCACGUCAUAGAAAUUUACAAAGUCAGCGCGCCCGUCGACAAGAACAACUACAUCAGAAUGAACAUGCUGUCCGUCGACACGGUGAACUUGGAGCACAACAAAGGCUCGUGGAUUCGGUACCCAGUGUUCGCGAUGGUGGCGGACUGGGCCACGAACCCCGACAACAACCUGGGCAUGAUCGUCAUCAUGAAGGGUCCGGACGACAACCAAAUUGCCGUCACUAACUCCAAGGAGGAACCUGAGAAAGCGCCGUUGCUGGAAGUGCAGUUCAUCCACGAGAGCGACAAAGCGAACCGACUCGCCCGCUCCCCAGACGGCGGCAAAUGCUCCCUGACUGAGACCAGAUGCUGUCGCUUCCCCCUUCCUGUCAACUUCACGGAGCACAACUUUGACUUCAUUGUUGCUCCCAAGGUGUACAUGGCUAAUUUCUGCAAUGGAACUUGUGAUUACCUGUACGCACAGCAGCACAUACACAUGGCUAUGGUGCAGAAAAUACACAGUGGGACUGCGACACACGGUCCGUGCUGUGGUGCAAAGGAACUCAUGCCUCUCAACAUGCUCUACUACGACCAUGACAGAAAAAUACGCUUCGAUACCAUCAAUGACAUGAUCAUUGAGAAAUGCAGUUGUGAUUAGGAUUUACUGAGGAGAUAUGCUCUUCAAGAAAGAGGUUACUCUUUGUUGAAUUAGGGUGUGAUACUGUGAUCUGGGGUAAUUGUCGAGUCGUGCUUUAUUAUUAUGGGGUAAUUAUAAGAAGAGAAUGUGGGUUUGACUGCUGUUAUUAUAAGAAGGGAUUGUGGGUUUGACUGCUGUUGUUGCGGUUAAUUGAGAUGCAAUUAUAAAGUAUAAAUCUGUUGUACCAACACCGAGAAGUGGAAGCUGCAUCAGGGUUCGAACACUUAACGAUCGGCAAAGCUCCUCCAGGAUGAGGUUUUAAGAGUGAAUGUAGUAAUGCACGAUUCUGUGAUCGAUUGGAUUUGGGAGCUAUUUUGAACUAGAGAUGUGCUAAUAAUGGCUGGAAGUGUGCAAGAAAACUGUGAUUGGGCUGAUUACGGAGACCUGCCCAUUAGAAUCUGGUGUUAAUUUAGCUUUUAGAAGAGGAGUAAAUAGAGUAUUAGAAUCGACUAUCGUUGAGACCCAGCCCACUGUGAAAGGUUCCGAGUUUUAUAUUUGAACCUAAGUAUGAUGGCUCAAAAUUGAAAUUUAAGCACUCCAACGAGAUGCAUUAACCCUUAGAGCAGACGUUGAAACACACAAAAUAUGCACUACUAAUUAAACGUAAGCAUUUACUGAAUGGUCUUGCAGUUAUUAUAUAUCAUUGCCGUUAAAAAGUAAUGAAUUGCAAAAUAUACCAAUAUAUUGUACAUAUGAAGCAUGCGUCAUGUAUUGCACAUUCUUUGUCCCUGUUAACUGAUGCGGUUGAAUAUUAUCUUUUACGUAUAAAUUGCAAAUAUUACCUAAAUUUUAGUGUAGAUCCGUGAGAAGUUCGAACAAGAAUGACUGGUAAUUUGUUCAUUGCUGAGUUCUUUACUAAGAGGGACAUUUAGUCUGACAAGACAAAUAGCUGAUUUCUAUCGAGAUGACACUGUACAGGAGAUCAGUUGUAGGCUGGUGAUAGAUUCAAAGAACGUAAAUUUUGUAAGUUUGGUAAAAGAUAAGCUGUAAUUUAUUCGUCCUUUUUAGGGAAUAAAUAUUGUAUAAUUCGUAAAAAAAACUUUAUUGAUCAAGAUUGUUAUUUAAGUAUACUUUCUGUACACGUUAUAGAAGAUCUAUAUAAAAAAUCCGUAGUAUUUAAACUCGAACAGUUCAGGUCGUCACCUCUCUGGAAAAAACUAAUUAACCUGUUUCCUACAUUUUCUAAUUCGUAAUAAGUACUUUUCAUGAACAUUAAACACCUUUGUGCUAUGGAACCAUAUUUAAAUGAAUUUUAUGACAUAUAUUCCACGGCUUUUGUACACAUUGAGUUUGCAAUGUUAGAGUACGAGCUUUCGGGACAAGUGACAACGAAACUGAUUGAAGUUUUGAUGCAACUCAAAGUUUUGAGGGUUAGCAAAGGAAAUGAGGUAAAAUGUGUGACUUAGUUUUUUUCUAAACCCGACAUUUUAGACUUUGGACAUUUUUAAUAUGACAUGAAUGAGAAAGGUACGUCUCAUAUUGUAAGGCUGUGUAAUACAGUAAAAUUAACAAAGUUCUAUUAAAAUACGCACAUAAUAACAAAAUUGGAUUAUCAUAUAUGACUAUAACCACGAACCUUAGAACUUCAAUCAACAUAAUUUAUUCCACCUUCUCUUCCUAACUCGUUUCCAUGAAUAUGAAGUGUAACUUACUGUUAUCGUAUAUAGGUGUAGGAAAUAAUCGUUGGCAGUUAAUUACCAUAAUACUAGCUUAAUAUCCAUCAUAGUUAACGAGGGAUAUUAGUUCAUCGGCUAAGUCUCUGUGAUGAAUCAAAGCCAAACUGCCAUUCGAGUGAUAUUUUUUAACAUUAAAUUUAUUCUAUGCACGUUCUUCUCACUACUGAUCUUAUCGCUUCGUGAUGAAAUUUAGAGCGCCUAAAGUUUGACAUUCACCAAGGAUCGCUUAUAAAAGCUGAAUUAUAAUGCUGGUGAUGUCACGAGCACCGUUAUAAUGUCGUCACUACCAUUUCGCACCUAUUUACCUGCGUGGAGAAAUGAAAGUACGUAGCCAUUUAUGCAUGUGUACAAUAGGUUUCAACUUAUCGAAUAUCUUUGCACAGAUUCAAGUCCAUACUUUAACAACUUAGUGAUUAUAUCAGAGUAAUUAUAAAGACUUUUGCGAUUAGAAUAAGAGUUCAGUCGGUAUUGAUGACUUUUGAAAAAAAUUAACUACAUAAAAACUUGUACAUUAAAUUUAUAACAUAAAAAGUCGAAUUUCAUAGUUUUCUCCGGCAAUUUAUUUAUACGUGACCAAAUCUUUAGAUCAUCGUGUCGAUUUAAUUUGAAUAAAUGGCAAUAUAUAAUCGUAACUUUGCAUUUAAAGUCAUGACUAAUGAUGAAUUCCUUCGAAAAAUGUAAUAACUUCAUUGACUUCAAUGUAAAUAAUGUAACUCUAGAUUUUUGUAUGAUUCUAUAUAAUUAAAGUCUAAUCAGGUGAUAUCAUAUGUAUCAAUUCACCACUUUAGAGGUAGGGAGAAUUCCAAUAGAUUGAAUACUUUAAUUACCUUUAAUAAGUCACC